UGGUGGCCGAAGCAGCAUGGCGCCGUCACUUCUCGCAACAGCAGGAGGGCUACUGUUACUUUUUGCCUUCUCAUCAGCACAAAGAGGGGACAACAUUGCAUCAUGCACCCAGAAUGAUGGCUUUGGAAUGUACUGCCCUACUACGUGUGGAGUGGCUGAUUACCUGCAUAGGUAUUUGCCAGGAGUGACCAAAGAUUUGGACGGUUUCCUAGCUGAACUAGAAACAAUUUCCAAUUUGACCCAGGGGACGGAAGAAAACAUUGUCUACAUGAAAGACACUGUUACUUCAGCUCAAAAGACCAGCCCGUCAGACUCAUCCUACAAAAGGUCAUCCAGCAUGCUGGAUGAUGUUUAUCGAUUUGAAAAGACUAUCAUUGCACAGGAAUCACAAAUACGUGAACUGCAGGAGAUAAUUUCAGCCAAUGACAGGAGCAUUACAAGCUUGAAACAACUAGCCAUGCAACUGCAGCAGAAAUGCAGUGAGCCUUGCAAAGACACGGUUGAAAUCCAACCCACUACAGGAACAGACUGCCAGGAUAUUGCAAACAAAGGCGCCACCACCAGCGGUCUUUACUUUGUGAAGCCAGCAAAAGCUACUGAGCAGUUCCUGGUCUAUUGUGAGAUUGACAACUUUGGACGUGGCUUCACAGUAAUACAGAGGAGACGUGAUGGAAGUGUGGACUUCCAUAAGGACUGGACCCAGUACAAGCAGGGCUUUGGUUAUCUCUCCCCAGAUGACACUACAGAGUUCUGGCUCGGCAAUGAGAAGAUCCACCUGCUAACUCUCAGUACAACCUUUCCAACUGUGCUGAGGAUUGAACUUGUUGACUGGGAAGGCAACAAAAGGUAUGCAGACUACACCAGGUUUAGAGUGGGACCAGAGGCUGACAAGUACCGUCUGACCUAUGCUUACUACUUUGGCGGUGAUGCUGGUGAUGCUUUCGACGGCGUUGACUUUGGAGAUGACCCCAGUGACAAGUUCUACACAUCACACAAUGGCAUGCACUUCAGUACCCAUGACCAAGACAAUGACAAGUAUGACGGCAACUGUGCUCAGCAGGACCGUUCUGGGUGGUGGAUGAACAGAUGUCAUGCUGCACAUUUGAAUGGCAGAUACUACCGAGGUGGCAGAUACACAGCAAAGGAUGCAGGUGAACAUGGUUACGACAAUGGCAUCAUUUGGGCCACAUGGCACGACCGCUGGUACUCCCUAAAAGAGACCACCAUGAAGAUCAUUCCCCUCAGUCGCAUCACGGCAGAAGAUGGACAGCAGACUGGUGUCAAACAGUUUGCCGGACUUGGAGAUGUAUAAAAAGUGGACACACGUGUUUGUGGGCUACACUUAUCGUGUUCAGCACAACAGCCUUGAAACCACCAUAGAUCAAAUAAAACACCAUCGUUGAAACUUU